UCACACUGUCUGCUCCUUCUGUACAUCCAAGAUGGACAUCAGACCACUUGCUCAGGCUAAGAGCUUUCCAUUCACAGUUCCAUCCGCAUCUAUACGUUCACCAACAUCAAAACACUUUCACGUUUCUGCAGUUCUUGGCACAAAUCCUUUACACACGAAGAUCAAAGAGAGGGUAGUGAUUGAACCUGCGAAGAAUAACGAAGCUUAUGACGAUAAUGGGUUUGCGAAAAUGGCCAUCGGUUAUCUAUCAAAGACUCUCCAGAAAACAGCAGGGGUUAGCAGUAGUAGUAGUACAAAGGGUGGUUAUGGUAGUUUAGUGGAGGCAGCCGCCAUGGUUGCCAGAAACUUUGAGCCGAAGCAACAACAUGAACUCAUUCUUCGCGCUCUAGAGAGAGCUAUCCCGAGAACCAUACUCUCCUUGAUACGGAUAUUGCUACCACAGUCAAAGCUGACAAGGGAAGUGUUUGCAGUGUUCACAACGAUAUUUUUCGCUUGGCUUGUUGGCCCUUCAGAGGUGAGAGAGACCGAGUUCAACGGAGGAAGAGAAAAGAGAGUUGUGCACAUAAGGAAAUGCAGGUUUCUUGAGCAGAGUAACUGUGUGGGGAUGUGCACUCACCUGUGUAAGAUACCAUCCCAAACAUUCAUCAAGAACUCCUUGGGAAUGCCUGUCUACAUGAACCCCAAUUUCGAUGACAUGAGCUGCGAGAUGGUGUUUGGACAGGAUCCUCCUGAACUUGAGGACGACCCUGCAACGAAACAGCCUUGCUACACAUCCUGCAAAUCGAAUCGAAAGUACGGUGUGAAGCACUGAAGGCAUUAUAUAUACUUAUAAGCUUCGAUACAUUCAAGAACACAUACCAAAAAACAACAACAGCAAGUC